ACUCCUGGACUCUGAGAAGGGCCCCACUAAAAUUGUCGCCACCUGUCUUAUGGGCGCCUUUUUGGACAAGCCGGAGACCAAGAAACUCACGGCAUCCGGCAAGGGAAAUGGAAUUUCCUACGGUAUGAGUAGCAUGCAAGGGUGGCGUGUAGAGAUGGAGGACGCACAUGUCGCUGUUUUAGAACUUCCCGGCGCCCUUUCGACAUGGUCCUUCUUUGGCGUGUUUGAUGGACACGCUGGUGCACAGGUUUCCAGCCACUGUGCAUCAAAUCUGCUUAAACAUAUUCUCGACACGCCGGUCUUUAAGGAUAUGGUCGCCUCGUCUGAGAAGCAACACUCCAUUGACGAAAUAAAAGCAGCUAUCGUUGAAGGUUUUUUGGCGUUUGAUGCAUCCCUACUGCACGACAACCCCUCUGAAAAGUCAGGCUCGACUGCAGUAGUUGCCUUUAUAACACCCAAACACAUAUACUUUGCCAACUGUGGAGAUUCUAGGGGCAUUCUUCUCCGAAAUUCUUCGCCCUCUUUUGCUACUGAAGACCACAAGCCCUCAUCUCCAGGCGAGCGACGACGAAUUAACAACGCUGGAGGCCACGUCAUCCUCUCCCGCGUCAACGGAUCAUUGGCUGUAUCUAGAGCUCUAGGGGAUUUCGACUACAAGCAAGUUAAGGGUACACCACCAUCGGACCAACUGGUCUCCCCAGAACCUGACGUCACCUGCCUUGAGCGGAUGCCAGAAGCAGAUCAAGCCCUUUGCCUAGCCUGUGACGGCAUCUGGGAUGUGUACAGCAAUGAAGAAUUAUGUGACUACGUGCUGCAACGCCUAAGGUGUUCCUCUUCCCUCACACAUGUGUGCAAUGAAGUGCUUGACACAAGCCUCUUCAAGGGCAGUAAAGACAAUAUGAGCAUCCUCCUAGUCGGCCUUAACAAGCUUCCCGAGGUUGAUCCUGAAGUAGUCCGACAGGAUGAAGAACUGGAAGCUUCCAUUCGCCAGCUUAUCGAAAGUACCAUCGAAGGCGCAAACAACAGUGAUGCACCCCUUACUUCCACUUACAUCGCCAAUAUCGUCCAAUCCCAAGGCUUACCCAACUAUCCGCCCGGCGGAUUUGUAACAAAACGAGCCUUUGUAGAGAGCAUCUGUUCGCGGCACACACAAGUUUCCGAAUGGUAUGUUCAAAUGUCCGUUUGA